AGUCAUCGUAAACAAAUGGCUCGAGGAUGAGGUUUCAGAGCCAUUUCCUGCUAUUGAUGAUACGGCGAUCCCUGAUUUUCUCAGUCGCAUAUAUAGACACCGCUUAUUUGCUUCCAUGGAUCGGUGCUUGAAGACUUUCUUCAGAAAUACUUUCCUUUCGUUUGUAAACGGCUUGAUUAAGACGUUACACGGCGUCGCCUAUUUAGAGUUUCUGGAACCGCAGCAACAGUUACGGACAUGAACAUUUGCAGCCACAAAGGAACCAUCACACGUCGUCAAAGGGCGCACUGAAGAAUUUGUGUCAUGUGAUAAGUUGGUAUUACUGCACAUGUCAAUUGGUGAAGAUUAAAUGAAAUAAUUAUUCCUGCCGUUGAGUCUAGAUUUGUCGAGACAUAGCCAGGUCUAAGCCAUCUGACCUGUCAUGGCUGAAGUUAAGGUCAAGGUCUCCUGCCAUUGCCAGAAGAAUCAAUCUGUCAUUGCUCUCGAUUUAUCAGACCUGCCUCUAUCAGCUAAUAUCUGUCACUGCGAUACGUCUCGUCAUGUUUCCGGUGUUCUAGGUACAAUUUCUAUAAAAGUCCCUUCCGGCCCGGCUAGUCUGGACAAUUUGACUGCUUUCGAGACCUCUGAGUUUAUGACUCGAUACUCCUGCUCAACAUGCGGCGCGCAGGUGUUUGCAUAUGACACCCGAGAGAGCACGUGGAGAGUGCCCACUGGACUCCUGGACAGAACCGAGGGGAUCUUCGAAAUACAAGCUCACAUGUGGGUAGGAGACACCAGAGACGGAGGAAUGAGCGACUGGAUACCUUCUAUCAGUGGUCGGCCAUUAUCGAGGUGGCUCGAAGCUCCGGAAAUUGAGAAGAGUAAAGAAUUAUUUGAAAGUCAAACUCUGGGUGGCAAAGUUCCAACAAUGAAAUUUGAAGACGAGGACAAGAUCCACGCGCAUUGCCGGUGUGGCGGCGUUCAAUUCUACAUAACUUUGCCUGAUAAAGCUUCCGCCGAAGCGACCUCGCCAUGGCCAGAUCUGAUCGUUCCCUAUCAUUCAGGCUCUCCUGAAAAUCCAGAAAAUGAAACUUGGUGGCUCGCGGCCAAUAAGACAAAGUACCUAGCCGGCACCUGCGCGUGCGAUUCAUGCCGGUUGACAUCGGGCUACGAAAUCACACCAUGGGCUUUUAUUCCCAAGACAAAUCUCGUCCAGUUGAAUGGCCAGCCGCUGGAGUUCAGUAUGGGGACCUUGAAGCAAUAUGAGAGCUCCCCUGGGGUUUAUCGGGAGUUUUGCAGUAGAUGCGGCGCAACAGUAUUUUACCAUAAUGACGAAAGACCGGCACUAGUGGACGUCGCCGUUGGCCUUCUGCAUUCAACAAGCGGCGUUCGAGCGGAGAAUCUGCUCGAGUGGAGGACUGAGCGAGUAAGUUUCGAAGAAGAUGCCAUCAAUCGGAGUUUGGUAGAUGGCUUGAGGGAGGGUUUGGGGUCAUGGGGAGUCCAACGACAAGGUCGAACUGGUCCUCGCGCCGAACCAUGGAAAUCUCGAAAGUUAUAAGGCUUGCAUAAAUGACUGAGAUUCUCCGACAUGGUCGCCAUAUCGUAUGCAAAGAAGCAGAUGUCUUCAAUGAUCUUCGCUGUCUGGUUAUAGGUUGUGG